AUGGAGGCGAUGUCCGAGUCGUGUGGAGGCGAGCAAAGCCGCACACUCACUGAGCAGCAGCAGCAGCCAGGCGACCAUGGCCUCACCCUGAGGCUGACGAGGCCACGGGGCGACCGGCGCGUCGUGUGGACCAGCGACACGAUUGACAACGAACACUUGGGUCGUCGCUCCUCCAAGUGCUGCUGCGUCUACCAGAAGCCGCGCGACUUUGGCGAGAGCUCCUCGGACAGCGAAUCGGAGGAGGGCGGAUCCAACUGUGGCAACGCCCACUGCCCCCACGGGCACGCCCACAGCCACCCUGACUCCUCCCACAUCCACCCUGACUCCUCCCACAUCCACCCUGACUCCUCCCACAUCCACCCUGACUCCUCCCACAUCCACCCUGACUCCUCCCACAGCCACCCUGACUCCGCCCACAUCCACACCGACUCCUCCCACAUCCACCCUGACUCCGCCCACAUCCACCCUGACUCCGCCCACAUCCACCCUGACUCCUCCCACAUCCACCCUGACUCCGCCCACAUCCACCCUGACUCCUCCCACAUCCACCCAGACUCCGCCCACAUCCACCCUGACUCCGCCCACAUCCACCCUGACUCCGCCCCCUCGCAAGCGGGACAUCCCCACUCCCUGUCCGCUGAUGACACCGGUCGUGACGGGGGUCGACCGGUGCCGGUGGUGCCGGCGGUGGUUGCCAGGGGCGACGACGGUGCGACCGGCGGGGCAGGGCACGCGAACGGGCAGCAGUAGAGCAGUGGAGCGAGCACGGGGAACGUACACACACACACACGUGUGUAGUACACGGCAUACAGGACACGGGGUGUAGUACACGUCAUACAGGACGCAGGAUGUAGUACACGUCAUACAGGACACAGGAUGUAGUACACGUCAUACAGGGCACGUGUGUGUAGUAGUACACGUCAUACAGGACACGGGUUGUGUACAUGUCAUACAGGACACAGGAUGUAGUACAUGUCAUACAGGACACGUGUGUGUAGUACAUGUCAUACAGGUCACAGGAUGUAGUACACGUCAUACAGGACACAGGUUUUAGUACACGUCACCGUACAGGACACAUUAUAUAACAUACAGCAUAAUG